AUGAAUCUCUUAGAGCAAGGUCGCCGAUACCUUCAUGUUUCAGACCUUCCAUCUGCUAUUGGUGUUUUGAGUGAAUCAGUUAAGUUGCUCGUCAAACAGUAUGGAGAGAAUGCUGAUGAGUGUGCAGAGUCUUUCUACUAUCUUGGCAUGGGCUUUCAUGAAAAACAUCGAGCUGACUCUUGUGAGCUGGAUGAGCCUUUUACUUUUACCAUCAGACCAUUGUCAUUACCAUCAGGUGACAAAUCUGAAGAGGAAGAUGGAGAGUCUGAGGAUGAAGAAAAUGGUGAUGAAGAAGAAAGUGAAGAAGAGGAUGUUGGUGAAAAGUCCACCAAUGGUGAUGUUGAGACGAGUAAGAAAGCUGAUUAA